AUGCAAGCAAGUAAUACUGCCGUUGUCAUCCUAGGCGUGCUCGGUGCUGAACUCAACUGCCUCGGUCAAUCAACAACACGAAUCAUUGCUCAGAAGCUGCUUUCUCUUCUGGAUGCCAACGAUAACUCAAUUUCAAAGAGGACUGCUGUUGAACUUCUUGGUCGUGGCUUCCAUAUCUGGGAGCCUUUCGUUGAGCCUGCAACUGUUCUCUUGGCUCUUAUGGAAAUGACGAUCAACUAUGAAAUGGUGGAGCCACUAUUUAACAAGAAGGUGAUGGUUUCGCCAAGCGCGGAGCUCUGCCGCGCUUCGCAUAGAGCUCUCUGUCAAAUCGCCCGAUCAAAACCCAGCGUCUUCAUCACGACAAUAGGACGAGAAGUAGCCCGCCAUACAGCCGCAAUCGCGAAUCCAGCUACCUCCCAGAAAUUUCAGCAGUCGACGCUUGUCAAAGCGAAAAAUGAAGUGUUACGGAUAAUAGAGUUUUUGGCAGAAAUGCUGCCCAACGAGCUGUCUCUGCUUAUAUCUGAGGUUGUCGACAUCGUUCUGUUUUGCUUGGACUCUCAAGCAUUCAAGAAAACGAGGUUAUCUGACGCUUUUCCUCCACUGCAAAGUAUAAAAAUGGUGCAAAUCAAUUACGAGGUCAGGCUAAAAAGCAACGCAAAAUAUCAAAUGACAGAAAUAGAGGAGAGUCUUCGGAGCAUUUUCGAACUAUUCGACGAUGGAGUUAAAAGCUUAAUUCCGAAACAAGACAAGGAAAAGAUCAUGAAGGCGAUUAACGAGAUUAUGGACGAAACUGAGACGAAAGAUCUGCUGGAAGCGUUGAACGUCGUGGAAGAGUGCGUUUCUGAGGUUAUGAUUUGCGAAGAGAGCGAAAAGUACAGUGAUAUUCCUAAUACUGCCCUCGGGAAGUUCUAUUUGUACACCAUGGACAAAGCUGAGGGAGAAGAAGAGCACAUCGAUGAGGAAGAAGAUGGCGAAAUCGCUGCUUGCCAGACAUGGAUGUUACCGAACAAGGCCUUUUACGGACUGUGGGAGUCGCUGCACUACUCAUCACCGCUCAAAACCGAUCUCAUUCAAUUCGCGGAAACAUCUUUUCGGCUAUCGCAACUAGGAGUCAGCAACACGCUCAUUAGCUGGAACAAAGUCAUUCUUUUUCAUGGCCCUCCUGGCACUGGAAAGACUUCCAUCGCUCAGGCAUUUGCUCAAAAAUUAGCGAUUCGACAAAUAGGCGGCUAUCAAAAUACGGCACUUGUGGAAAUCAACUCACAUUCUCUCUUCUCAAAGUGGUUUUCGGAGUCAGGCAAACUUGUUCAGAAAAUGUUUUCUAAAAUAAGAGACUAUGCGGAUGACAAGUCGAUCAUGACAAUCAUCCUCAUCGACGAAGUAGAGAGCUUAACCUCUGCUAGAUCGGGUUCCGCGAAUGAGCCAGCAGAUGCCGUAAGAGUAGUCAACGCUGUUCUCACGCAACUGGACUCGCUGAAAAAGUACCCGAACGUUCUUGUUGUUUGCACAUCGAACAUCACUGGCAAAAUUGAUCUGGCAUUCAUCGAUCGCGCCGACAUGAAGAUUUUCGUUGGACCACCAGAGCCCAAAGCUAUCUACACUAUCCUCGAGUCUGCGUUCAACGAGUUAUAUCAUAAAGGCAUGAUUACAGGCAAAUAUUCCUUACGAUCAGAAGGAUACGACCUGCCAAAUCCAACUGACUGCGAGAGAAGCCUUAUUGCGAUCGCCGACAGUGCUCAAGGAAUCAGCGGACGCACGCUUCGAAAGAUACCAUUCCUGGCCUUGAUGAAGUACUGCGCUGGAGCUCAACAGGUCACUCUUGACAACUAUCUUAACGCUGUCCAAAAAGCCAUCGAAAGCGACAAGGUUGAGAGAAGGCAUCUUUCUGAUAAAGAAUCUGAGUGUGCCUUGUAUGAGCAUAUUUACAAUCACACAAGAGAAGUCAUCGCUCGGCUAAGCGGUGGAAUAAACGUUCUUGGAGGCUUCUUUGUUGAUGAGAAAGAAAAUAGUGACUGGCUAAAAAGUACGAAGAAAUUAAGACGGGAGGGACAUAUAGCAAACGAGACCAUCUUUGCGUACAUCGAAGAUGGAAGUAUUCGGGCCAAACGUAUUCGAGACUCUGGAGAUGUUCAAAAAGUAGAAGUAAAGACUGUGUCUUCAUCAAAAUUCCCCCUGACACAGAUCCGCUCCCAAGCAUCCUUUCAAUUUUCACUUCCCAUCCUUUCCAAAUCGCAAAAACUCUACGCCUCAGAAGUCGGGAAGCAAAUAACGAACUUCGCAGUCGAAAAAUUAUCCAGUUUCGAACUCUUCGUCAAUAAUAGAUUCAGCGAAAAUGGCGAGCUUGUUAUUCCAAAAAAUGCGUCAACAGUUCCUGAAUUUCUGAUGGCUGAUAUCUAUCAUGAAGGUCAUGAUGCGCCGAUUCAAUUAGCCGAUAGUCCCUCUAUGAAUUUACAAAUCUCUAUUGCAGUAAGAGCUGCUAUCACUAGAAAAUCUUCCAUAAGUGAUUUGAAAGAACUAAUCAGAAUGGAUGUACAGCGCUCGUUAUCGAAAAGAUUUGAGAUUUUCACCGAGGAUCUCAUCCUAGAGCUUGAUGAAGACAACCCUCUUAUGACAAAUGGAAUACUGGCUAGACGAGUAUUCACAUCAAUCAAUGGUGGCUUUCCAAUCUCGUUGUACGAGAAUUUUCAAACAAAAGCAGGCGACGACCUCGAGUUUAUCUUCAACAUAUCAGAAUCCACGGAACCCUUCGAGUAUGCGGAACCAGAAGUAAAAAAUACGACCGAUAUAGACAGACUUCGCGAUGAAGAACAAUCAUCAACUAAAAUUUCUAAUAGCAACCCCUCGAACUUGAUCAUGUUGCGAAGCUCUCGAUCAUUGAUCAACCGAUUUGCCUCUACCAAAGUCUUCUUUGACAUCAACGCUGGUGGAGAAGGUACCCAGCGUAUCACCUUCAAGCUUUAUGAUGAUGUUGUGCCAAAAACUGCCGAGAAUUUCCGUCAGCUGUGUACUGGAGAAGCUGGCUUUGGAUACAAAGGAUCCAGCUUCCACAGAAUAAUCAACGACUUUAUGGCUCAGGGCGGGGACUUUACUGCUGGCAAUGGCACUGGCGGAAAGAGUAUCUACGGCCGAACCUUUGCCGACGAAAACUUUAACAUCCGGCACGAGCAGCCCUACCUCCUUUCGAUGGCCAAUGCCGGUCCUAACACUAACGGCUCGCAGUUCUUCAUCACUUUUAUUCCCUGCCCAUGGCUAGACGGCAAGCAUACCGUCUUUGGUGAAGUUGUCGAUGGCAAAGAAAUCGUUGAUAUCAUGAAUAAAACUCAUGGCCCAACCUCUUUCACUUUGAAAGACGGCUCAUCUGUACGAGAGCAGCAAGCUGACGGAAACGGAGGUUCAAGCGCGAAGCGAGUCUAUAAAGUCACUCUUGGCGCAAUUCAUAGUUGCAGUUGUAUAGCUUUCAAGCGCGAGCGCACUAUCUGCAAGCAUAUUUGCUGGGUGCUGCUGAAGCGCUUUCGAAUGGCUAAAACAAAUCCACUGAUCUGGCAAGGAGGCUUUGUCCCCCGCGAAUUCGAUGAGCUUCUCCGCGGGGAUCAUGCUCGAAAAGAAACGAAGCCGGUGGAGCAAUCUGGCGAUUCUGAACAACCACCUGAAAGUGGCCCUACUCCUGGAAGAGCACUCAAUGCUGACGAUGUUUGCCCUAUUUGCCAAGAAGAGCUUCUUGAAGUCCGCAUGCCUAUCACUUGGUGUCGAUGCUGCAAUAACGCUGCUCAUAUUCGGUGUAUGAAGGUCUGGGCCGAGCAUCAAGACACAAUGCAACGCGGCGAUGGUGGUGACAUUCAAUGCCCUUAUUGCAGGCAAACAUUUGCACCAAAAGAGCAGCUACGGCGUGAAUUCACCAACACUUGGGAGAGGAAAAAGCACAAGGAUGUCAUUCAUAGCGGCAGCGUUUGUGCCGAUUGUUCGAUGACGCCGAUAAAGGGAAAACUCUACAUAGGAAUCGGAGAUGCUGUGAAUUUAUGCGGUCAAUGCUAUCGUAAUGGAGCAAGGCCACAUGUUCGAUUCAAUGUCCGUGAGCGACCGGGACAAAGUCUAAAACCAGCAAAACGAAACUUGGCGAAUCACCAACUAACGCUUGAGCUCCAAGGCCGCGAAAUCCAAGAAGAAGACUACGAACGACUCCUUGAGCUAGACCGACCCGCUUCUCCUGAUAGACCUGGGGUUCCAGAUCAUGUUUUGAACUUACUGCCUUGCCACAAAGUGGGUGCUAAUCAGCGGCUACUAAAAGAUGGUAUGCAGUGUCGAAUAUGUUUACAAGCGUUCGACCCGGCGCAUUAUGUCAAACGAUUGGACUCUUGUAGUCACUACUUUCACCGUGAUUGUAUCGAUACUUGGUGUCAAAAUCAUACAGAGUGUCCAAUUGAUGGCAAGAAGAUCAGACUACGACAAAAGAAGCCCAGAAGAACAAAAACCAAUAUCGACAUUCUUGAGACCCGACAACGCUCUGCCUUCGCUCCACGUCGGCCAGCUGCUAAGCUUCUGGAACGACGAAGAAAAUCAGAAGCAAACUUGAUCUCGCCAAACAUGUCGGAUCUGCUCGUUACAACACCUAUUCGUGUCGCUGGAUCCUCUUCGCAGUUGCUUACCGACGAUAUCGAGGAAAUCAACCCGAUUCCCUUGAUAAAUUUCCGUGUUCGCAAUAUGCGACUUUAA